AUGAAGCUUCUCGCGGUCGUGUCCGCUUUUGCCGCCUCCGUCCUCGCCGGGUCCGAAACGCUUGACCACGCGCCGAACCACGGAGCUCUCGAUACCCCUUUCAGCGGGGGUGCUGUGAGCAUUCGGGAUGGUAGGCUAGGCUUCUUUGGCGACGAAGAGCGAGGUAUCGUCUUCGAUAUCGAAGAGGAAGCCCGGCCGCCCAGGGACAGCGUGCGCAUCACCAUUGGCGAUGUCGAAGAUGAAGAGGGUACUGAUAUCUACAUUGCCCUUGACGGUGAUGCUGAGGACGGGACUCGCGGCCUUGUCAUAUCCGACAGCCCAAAUGAGGGCGCCCUUUUCAAAGUUGGCGAGAUCAACGAAGAUGGCUAUGCCGACAUCGAAUGGGUCGGUGGUGGCCAGUGGUUGGUCCAGAAUACCAACGACGAGGACUAUGAGCUCUUCUGGUGGGACGGCGAAUCAUUCAGCGUGGCUAUCACCUACCCCGUUGGACUGGUAGCCUGGCGUGCGGACGAGUAG